AUGGCCCCGGGUAGCGCCGCGCGCGGGUCCAGGGGUUCGGCCGGGCUGGGGUGGGGCGAGCCGGAGUCCGGGCGGGCCGGGGCGGUGUCUCGGAGGUCCGGGGGUUCCCAGGGGUUCCGGGGGCGGCGGCCGGAGCGCGCAGCGGCCCUGCCUGGGCCCCGAGCGUGGCAGCAGCCCUUCCUCAACGUCUUCAGACACUUCAAGGUGGACGAGUGGAAGCGGUCCACCAAGGAGGGGGACGUGGCCGUGGUCACGGACAAGACCCUGAGGCGCAGCGUGUAUCGCAUCCGCGGCUCGGUCUCGGCCGGCAGCUACAUCCAGCUCCCCAGGACCGGCACGCAGUCCCUGGGGCUGACGGGGCGGUACCUGUACGUGCUCUUCCGGCCCCUGCCCAGCAAGCACUUUGUCAUCCACCUGGACGUGUCCACUGAGGACAGCCAGGUCAUCCGCAUGUCUUUCUCCAGCCUGUUCAAGGAGUUCAAGUCCACAGCCACAUGGCUUCAGUUCCCCUUUGUCUUCGAGGCCAGGACCUCCGGGAGAGACCUGGCGGGUGUGGCGCCCCCAGGCGCCCGCUGGACCUUCCUGCAGCUCGACCUGCAGGACAUCCUUCUGCUCUACCUGAACCGCAGCUACAGCCACCUCAAGAGUGUCAGAUUGUGCGCCAGCCUGCUGGUCAGAAAUCUCUACACCAGUGACCUGUGCUUUGACCCAGCUGUCACUGUCACUGGGGCCCAGAGGGCCAAGCUGCCCGUCACUCCUGUGCCUCGAGAGAUGGCGUUCCCAGUGCCCAAGGGGGAGAGUUGGUACAACCGCUAUAUCCACGUCCGAUUUCCACGUGACAGCAUGGAGGUGCCUCCAGGGCUGGUUCAGAAGAGCUGUUCUUCUUCAGAGGCAGUCCCCCCGGGCCCUGUGCCACGGCUUCUUCCCUGCCUGGUGGCCGUCAGCAAACCCACACAGGACAGCGUGUCCCCCACGGUCCAGACACCCAGCCCCACAGCCGUGAGUGGCCAGGCCCCUGAGGCACCCAGGCCCCUCCCAGAGGUCAGCCUGUCCUGCAAGUGCUCGGAGAUCUCCAGCGUCCGUAGCCGAGAGCCCUCGGCCCAGAUGGAGUCCGCCAACGUGGACAUGGCUCCAGACAGUGUCCACAUUUUUGCUCACGAGUCAGCUGUGGUGCCCGUGGCCCUCGAGGACACUGGCUCCCGAGAACACUUCCUCCCGGACCCAAUCCUGAGGCUCAAGGGGGUCAUCGGCUUUGGGGGCCAUAGCACCAAAUGGGCCCUGUGGACCAAGGACGGGGCGGCUGUCGUCUACCCCUGCCACGCGGCCGUCGUUGUCCUGCACGUCGACUCGGGGGAGCAGCGCGUCCUCCUCGGCCACACGGACAAGGUCUCUGCCCUGGCGCUGGACGGGGGCAGCCUGCUGCUGGCCUCGGCCCAGGCGCGGCCCCCCUGCGUGGUGCGGCUCUGGGACUUCCAGACCGGGGCGUGCCUGUCCCUGCUCCGGAGCCCGAUGCACGCAGUCAGCGCCCUCAGCUUCUCCGACAGCGGGGCCCUUCUCUGCGGUGUCGGCAAGGACUGCCACGGGAGGACGGUGGUGGUGGCCUGGGGCACAGGCCCGGCGGGCCUCGGCGACAAGGUAGCCGUUCUCGCGAAGGUGCGCACUGACUUCGACGUCCAAGCUUUCCGAGUCGCCUCCUUUGAUGGAACCAGGAUGGCAUCGUGCGGGCAGGGCAGCGUGCGGCUGUGGCGGCUGCGCGGCGGGGUGCUGCGCUCCUGCGCCGUGGACCUUGGGGAGCACCGUGCGCUGCAGUUCACCGACCUGGCCUUCCAGCAGGCCCAGGACGGCUGCCAGGAGUCCUCGGCCCGAAUGCUGUACGUGUGCAGCCGCAGCGGCCACGUCCUGGAGAUCGACCCCCAGCGCAGGGCCGUGCGGCACGCCCGCUGCCUGCUGCCCACGCAGACCUCCAGCGGCCCCCAGCCACAGAAGCAGACCCUUGGCUCAGGCCCCGGCAUCGCCAUCAGCAGCCUCAGCAUGUCCCCGGCCCUGUGCGCCGUGGGCUCCGAGGACGGCUACCUGCGGCUCUGGCCCCUGGACUUCUCCUCGGUGCUCCUGGAGGCGGAGCACGAGGGCCCCGUCAGCUCCGUUUGCGUCAGCCCCAACGGUUUUCGCGUGCUGUCUGCCACCUCCACGGGCUACCUGGGCUUCCUGGACGUCGCGUCACGGGAGUACAGCGUGCUGGCCCGCGCCCACACGGCCCCGGUGUUGGCUUUCUCCACGGAGCGGAGCCGUGGGCAGCUGGCCACCGUGUCCCAGGACCGCACUGUCCGUGUCUGGGACCUGGUCACCCUGCGACAGCUCUAUGACUUCACGUCACCCAGCGAGGCCCCGUGCGCCAUCACCUUCCACCCCACGCGGCCAGCCUUCUUCUGUGGCUUCAGCAGCGGGGCCGUCCGCGCCUUCAGCCUGGAGGCCGCCGAGGUCCUGGUGGAGCACACGUGUCCCCGAGGAGCCAUCACGGGCCUGGCUGUCACUCCCGACGGCAACCUCCUGUUCAGCUCCUGUUCUCAGGGCAGCCUGGCCCAGUACAGCUGCGCCGGGCCCCAGUGCCGCGUUCGGCGUGUGGCAGCCGACGUGGUGUGCCCGGAUGCCCACCCGAGCCUCAGCACCCUGGCGGUCAGCGGGGACAGCCGCCUGCUGGCCUUCGUGGGCCCCUCCAAGUGCACGGUGACCGUCAUGGACCCGGCCUCCCUGGACGAGCUGCUGCGGGUCGACGUCAGCACCCCGGACCUGGACUCCGCCAUGGCCGUCUGCUUCGGCCCCACAUCCCUGGGCCACCUGCUGGUGUCCAUGUCGUCCGGCAGAGUCGUGGUGCUGGAUGCCAUGUCAGGGCGCACUGUCCGGGAGCUGUGCGGCGUCCACCCCGUGGCCUGCCCCUCCCUGGCCCUCAGCGAGGACGCCCGCUUGCUGCUGACGGCCGCCGGCCGGACCGUCACCGUGUGGGACUACUCGGCACAGCGCAGCCCCGGCUCCCAGGUGUACAUCGGCCACUCAGAGCCCGUGCAGGCUGUGGCCUUCACCCCCGACCAGCAGCAGGUCCUCAGCGUGGGGGAUGCCAUCUUCCUCUGGGACAUCGUGGCCACCUCUGAGAGUGACCGGAGCUUGUCCAGCGCCCCCCCAGCCUGUGAGGCCGGCCCGGGCCCACGACAGCUGGAGGACGCAGCAUCUGGGGCCAGCGGGCUCCCUCGGCCACAGGUGCCUGUGCCAUGGCAGGCCCCCCCACCGCGGCCAGGCGUCCAUGCCGGGCCCCUCGAGGGCGGCGAUGGCGCACUCUCCAUGUCAGAUGACGAAGGACCCUGCGAGAAAAGCCAUAGCCCCGAGGGGCUUCGCCAGGCCCCAGGCCCACCCGUGCUGGAGGAGGAGGCCGGCGCGGCUGGAGAUGGGGUCUGGGGGGCUGCAGGUGGCUCCCGGGAGCUGGCCAUGCCGGCCUCUCCCCGCGGCUGCCCCAGUAUGCGGAGCACCAGGAAGGGGGCUGCCCAGCCCAGCGCCCACCUGGGUUCCUACGAGCACUUCCCGGCAUCCCACACGACACCUGCCAAGAGCGUCUCCUCCCCCGCCGCCAGCAGCGCGCAUCUGCGUCUGAAGGCCGUCCUGGGCUACAGCGGGAGCGGGCGGGCCAACAUGGUCUGGAGGCCAGACACAGGCUUCUUCGCCUACACGUGCGGCCGCCUGGUAGUGGUGGAGGACCUGCACUCCGGCGCCCAGCAGCACUGGCUCGGCCACCCCGAGGAGAUCUCCACGCUGGCCCUCAGCCACGACGCCCAGGUCCUGGUUUCUGCCUCGGGCCGCGGCCGUGCGGCUGCCCACUGUCAGAUCCGCGUCUGGGACGUGUCUGGGGGCCUCUGCCAGCACCUCCUUUCUCACCACGACGCCGCCGUCCAGGCCCUGGCCUUCUCGCCGGACGACAGACUCCUGGUCACGCUGGGGGACUGCGGCGACGGCACCCUUGCCCUGUGGAGCACGGCCACCUACGACCUCGUGUGCUCCACCCGCCUCCUGGAGCCGGUGCACGGCGUGGCCUUCAACCCCUGGGACGCCGACCAGCUCGCGUGCUUGGGGCAGGGUGCCGUCAGCUUCUGGCUCUUGCAGCAGCAUGAGGCGGACAUCAGCCUCCAGGUGCACCGAGAACUAGUCCCCGAGGCAGUGGGGGCGGGCGAGCUGACCUCGCUCUGCUAUGGGCCCCUCCCCCUGCUCUACUGCGGCUCCAGCUCUGGCCAGGUCUGUGUCUGGGACGCACGUGCAGGCCGCUGCUUCCUGGCCUGGGAGGCGGACGACGGCGAGAUUGGCGUGCUGCUGUGCUCGGGCUCCAGGCUGAUCAGUGGCAGCGGUGCGAGGCGUCUGCGCCUGUGGGCCGUGGGGACCGUGCCAGAGCUGAGACUCAGGAGUGCCAGGUCUGGUUCUGUGUUCAUGGAGCACGAGCUCAGCCUGGACGGGGGUGUCGUGAGCGCCAGCUUCGAUGACAGCAUGGACAUGGGCGUGGUGGGCACCACGGCCGGCACGCUCUGGUACGUCAGCUGGGCCGAAGGCGCCAGCACCCGCCUCGUCAGCGGCCACAGGAGCAAGGUGAAUGAAGUGGUCUUCAGCCCCAGUGAGUCCCACUGUGCCACCUGCGGUGAGGAUGGGAGUGUGCGGGUGUGGUCCCUGGCCAGCCUGGAGCUGGUCAUCCAGUUCCAGGUGCUGAACCAGAGUUGCCUCUGCCUUGCAUGGAGCCCCCCAUCCUGUGGACGCCCAGAGCAGCAGCGGCUGGCGGCGGGCUACGGCGACGGCACGCUGCGCCUCUUCAGCGUCUCCCGGACAGCCUUGGAGCUGAAGAUGCGCCCUCACCCGUCCGCGCUGACGGCUGUCGCCUUCUCCACUGACGGUCAGACCGUCCUCUCUGGAGACAAGGAUGGGCUGGUGGCUGUGAGCCGCCCUUGCACGGGGAUGACCUUCCGUGUGCUGAGCGACCACCGGGGUGCCCCGAUCUCCACUAUCCAGGUCACAAGGAAAGAGUAUGGAGACUUAGGGGUCCAGGGCACGGACCUGUGGCUGGCUGCCAGCGGGGACCGGCGGGUCAGCGUCUGGGCCUCCGACUGGCGGUGGAACCACUGUGAGCUCCUAGACUGGCUGAGUUUCCCAAUGACUGCUGCCCUGGAGACACAGGGCCACCUGCUGCCCGCCCUCGCUGCCUUCUGUCCCUGGGACAGGCUGCUGCUGGUGCACGUGGGCCUUGGUGUGCACAAGGAGGUGAUCGUCUACAGCCUCCGCCAGAAGCAGGUGGUGGAGAGGAUAUCGCUGCCUUUCUUUGCCAUAUCCCUGAGCCUGUCCCCGGGGGCCCACCUCAUGGCCAUUGGCUUCGCUGAGUGCAUGCUGAGGCUGGUGGACUGCGCGCUGGGGACUGCCCAGGACUUCGCCGGCCAUGGCGAUGCGGUUCACCUGUGCAGGUUCACCCCGUCCGCCAGGCUGCUCUUCACAGUGGCCCACAACGAGAUCCUGGUGUGGGAGGUCGCCAGCCACUGGGCUGCAGACCACAGUGUCGGCUGCUCCGGGCCACACCAGGCACCUCGACAGAGGUUUGGCCCAGAAGCCGGAUUGUCGAUGGCCUCGUGUCAGGACAGGAUGGCUGGGACAGGCCAGGACUCCGUGUAA